GCAGAUACAAGCGACGAAAUAUUUCGAGUUACGAAUACGAGGAAUGGUCAUGGUUUUAUUCUUAUCUAUAGGGUCUGAAUUAACUCCUGAAGUGGAAUAAGAAAUAGUUGACAUGAGUCAAUCGAUUGAGUCGCGACUAUUUUGCAUUAUUUCAUGUUUCCUAGUGAUGUAUUGAUUCUAGGUUGCUGAUUGAAGGAAUUGACUGAUGAGAGUUAAUGCUGUUAGGUAUUUUUUACGCUUUAAAAGAGAAUAAUCUACAUUUAAAAUGAACAUACCUGAACCUACAGUUCUAGCAGCUAUUGCUGUUCUUCUAUGCCUCAUCUUUAAGCUUCUCAAUUUAACAUCACAGCCCCAAAUACCAAAAAUUUUCUCAAAGGAUAAAAACUUUGUUGCAAAUUUAUUGAAGGCGUGUCCACUUCUUGUCCAACCAUACAUUCCAACAAGACUUUGGGGUUAUAAUGGUCAUAUACAAACGGUAGUUCAUAGUAUAAUUGGCCGAGUACGUUGCCCAUGGCCAAUUGGUGAACGUAUUGAACUAAGACUUAAGGAUGGAAGCACUUUGACUUAUGAUGUCUACCAACCUGUUUACAAAGGCUCAGAGGAUAUCACAUUGGUGAUAGUUCCAGGAAUAUGUAAUUCAUCAGAAAGUGUGUAUGUGCGCACUUUUGUCCACUAUUCCCAGUGUCAUGGUUUUAGAUGUGCUGUUUUAAAUCAUAUUGGAGCUUUAUCUUCUGUUCCACUCUCGUCAUCUAGAAUAUUUACAUAUGGCUAUACAUCUGAUCUUGGUGCUAUGUUGAACCAUCUAAAUGAAAAAUACUCAUCCAGUAAACUAGUGUGUAUAGGCUACAGCAUGGGUGGAAAUACAGUGGCCAAAUAUUUAGGAGAAGAAGAAACAAAUCGUCCGAGCAAUAUAAUUGGUGGAAUUUCAAUUUGUCAAGGAUAUGACAUUAUAAAAGGAACGAAACUACUUCUGCAGUGGCAGAAUUUCAGAAGGUUAUAUCUCUACGCUAUUACUGAAGCCAUGAAGGCUAUAAUACUUCGAAAUAGAAAUAUUCUAUUGUCAGAAGAAGCUAAGAAAAAAUAUAAUCUUAUUGAAAAAGAGGUGGCAUCUGCUGCAACUUUGCCUGAACUCGAUGAUUCUUAUACGAGGAAAGUUUACAACUACCCAAGUCUUUCUUCACUUUACAAAUGGAGUAGUAGUUGUAAUUACAUAAAAACUAUUAAUAUCCCUAUGAUUUAUAUCAACUCGUUGGAUGACCCACUUGUUCCAGAGGAAUUAUUGACACCAAUGAGAGACUUUGCUAACCAACAAGACAAUGUAGCCUACAUUGAAGUGAGCCAUGGAGGACAUCUAGGCUUUUAUGAAGGCGGUGCUAUCUACCCAAACCCAAUCUCCUGGCUAGACAGAUUGUUGCUAGAUGUUGUAACAUCUAUUGAUACUUACAAUCAGAAACCUACGAACUGUAGUAAUUGCAUUUAAAUUUUAUGUAAUUGAACAUGAGUUUAAAAGACAUUAACUUGUGAUUUGCUCACAUUCCUUAAGAAUUAAAUAGCUAUUUUAUAUAUUUUGAAAUUUUACUGCCUGUUAUAAAUUAUCACACAUCGGACCAAGUAUUUUUCUAAAGUUUGUAUGUACUUAAAAUUUAUUGUUCUUCUUAUAAAUAAUAAAUGUUAAGUGUCUUGAUGUCACUUGUUGAUUUUUUUAUUAAUUUUAUUUAUUUAUAUUAAGAUUAAAAUAAAUUAACGAUUGUUACACAAA